GGACAGGGGCGGCCGCGGCUCCGCCCGCCGGGGCGGUGCUGCCGGGCGCCGCCAUGCCCAAGGUGGUGUCGCGCUCCGUGGUGUGCUCCGACACUCGCGACAGGGAGGAGUACGACGAUGGCGAGAAGCCGCUGCACGUCUACUACUGCCUCUGCGGGCAGAUGGUGCUGGUGCUGGACUGCCAGCUGGAGAAGCUGCCCAUGCGGCCGCGGGACCGCGCCCGGGUGAUCGACGCCGCCAAACACGCCCACAAGUUCUGCAACGCCGAGGAGGAGGAGAGCGUCUACCUGCGCAGGCCAGAAGGCAUAGAGCGGCAGUACAGAAAGAAAUGUGGCAAGUGUGGACUGCUGCUCUUUUAUCAACACCAACAGAAAAAUGCCCCAGUGACUUUCAUUGUCGAUGGUGCUGUGGUCAAGUUUGGCCAGGGCUUUGGGAAAACAAACAUAUAUACUCAGAAACAAGAGCCUCCCAAAAAGGUGAUGAUGACCAAACGGACCAAAGAUAUGGGCAAAUUCAGUUCAGUCACAGUCUCCACAAUUGAUGAAGAGGAGGAAGAGAUUGAAGCGAGGGAGAUUGCAGACUCCUAUGCACAGAAUGCAAAAGUGAUUGAGAAGCAACUGGAACGCAAAGGAAUGAGCAAAAGAAGGCUACAGGAGUUGGCUGAGCUGGAAGCCAAGAAAGCCAAGAUGAAAGGAACCCUGAUCGAUAACCAGUUCAAAUGAAGUGCUCCAUGUUGCUGGGUGUUUGGAGACGGGAGAGAACUACCAGGAACUCUUGCGGCUCUGUCAGCGUAGCAGAAAUAAUGGACAAUAUUCAAGAGCAAUGUGCUGCAACCAGCUUGGAGGUUGAGUCUCUCCCUAGUAUGGGUGAUGCUCUGAUAUUUUAAUAACUGAAAUGGCACUGGAAAAUUCUCUGAAACUGCAGUUUUUUUACACACCCAGUGCUAUGCCAAAUAGCAAGCUAUUCCAGCCAGAACACUUAGUUUUGGGGAAACGCUUUACUGGGUGUCUGCAUGGGUUCAGUGCACCUUUUAAUAGUUUUCAGAUGUGCAUAAGAUUUCCAUAAAUGUAUUAGAGCAACAGGUCAAUUGUGCAACAAAGAAAUCCUUACAAAAGUAA